AUGGUGGAUCUCGAAAGAAAAGUUUGUUGCAUGUGUGGUGAUGUGGGCUUCUUCGACAAGCUCUUCCAUUGUAGCAAGUGCCUUAACCGCUUUCAACACUCGUACUGUAGUAGCUAUUACAAGGAGCAAGCUGAUCCAAUCAAGAUCUGCGAUUGGUGUCAGUGCGAAGCAAAGAAUCGAAGCGGAGCGAAGCACGGUGUUAACGGUGGAUCGUCUAAGCGAUCGUACCGGUCGGAGUAUUCUUCAUCUCAUCAAAUCAAGCAGCAAGAGACUAACCAAGUCACAGCUACGAGUAGUAGUAUUCCUCCAGCAGCCGACAAGGGUAAAACCGGCGUACCUUCUCCUCGACCGGCCACUCGCAGGUACAAGCUUCUCAAGGAUGUCAUGUGUUAG